AUGCCAAACAACAUCAUCGUCGUCUUCUACUCCCUCCUUCUCUUGUCCAUCAUCAUCACCGCCAGCCUUGCGGGGCCAGCAGCUUUGGUCCCUAUCGGGAGAGUGUUCAAGUGGUUCCAGCUUCAGUUCCAGUUCGAGACUGCAUCCGUAACGGUCACAUUUUCAUCUCUUUCUGAUCCGGGCCUGUAUAAAUACCAUACCCACGUCCAGAUCAUAUUUUGCCUCCAUAAGCUCGUAAAUCGGAGGGAGUAA